UUCCCUUUCGCUGUUUGAGAACUUAAUCCCAAUGGGAAACCAAACAGUCUUCUUAAUAAAUGGACUCUUGUACUGCGUAUUAAAUGCCAAACGAAUUCACGACAACCGACGGACAUGUCCGAAAGUUCCUCAGGAGUGAGCGGCAGUUUCCCUAAAUCUCAUUCCUCCCACUGCUCUGAGAUCAGUGACACACACACGCCUCUCUCCGUGGACUCCGGCAUCGUCACCACCCCUCUGCCAUCCAGCCGCUUCAGGUUCACCUCAUGGCAUCACCUCAAGGAGCACGACGUCCGUGGAGACCAGCUCGCUUGUCCUAGGGUCAGAGAGGGGCCUUCGGAGGAUGACCUUAGAGGUGAAGACAUCAUUCUCAGGAAUGGCGGGAGCAGGAGGAGACCAGAUGAAGGACAAAGGUGGGAAGAGAGGCUACAAGAGAACUGGGAAAACUGCAUGGAGCUGAAUCUGUCCUACCAGGACCUAGGGGAUCCAUAUCAGCUGGAGAACUUCACGCGGAUUCUCAAGAGACUGAUCCGCGUGGAGCAUCUGCAGCUGGUGGACAACGCACUGCAGGACCUCAGCUCCGUCCGACUGCCACAAUGUAAAAGACUGAAUCUGCAUCGGAACCACUUUACGUCCAUUAGUCAGCUGCCAAAGGUCCCUGUGAUCCAGCACCUGUGCCUGUCUGAGAACAGCAUCUCCUGCUUGGGAGAACUGAAGCUCCUGGGGACCACCCCAUUACACUCACUCACCCUCAAGCACAACCCCUGCGAGUACCUGGAGGACUACCGCUCACGUGUAUUCACCUGUUUGCCAAAGCUCAAAGUUUUGGAUGGCAUCCCAAAGCUGCCCGAAGAUUCCGUGCCUCCCCGGCUCCCAGCAUUCUCCAGGCUGUGUGUCAUUCUGUGAUAUUGUGGGGUGCAAGCAGGAACUCCAAUAGCAUCACUUCAUGUUGCUCACAGACAGGAAGCUGCACAAGCCAUGAGCAGGCCUUAUGAACUACAGUGGAAAUGGAAAUUUCCAAUCCCGAAAUGCACCAUUUGCAGGAAUGUCUACCAUCUGUUUGUAUGGCAAAUUAAAGCCUUGUGUUUUUUUGUA